UGCCCUUGUGCUGUGCUACAGGCCCGUGAAGAGGUCAAGCUGCCGUUUGAAGUGCCCGAAAGACUCCACGAAAGGUUUAGAAACCCUCGAGUGAUGUCUGAAAGGGGCACUGAGCGCAGCUCGACGAAUGACCAGUUCGUCAAGGCGCGCAUGCUGGCGCUGCUCCGGGAGCGCUUGCACCCCAGCGCCUACGAGGAGGGCCCUGAUCGCUACAACUACAGCGAUCGCACAGAGCCGUGCUACACGGGUCGGAUCCACGAGAACCGUCAGAGACUGAUCUGCCAUCUCAAUCCAAACGGCAAGAUCUAUGCUCUGUGUUUCAGCCGAAAUACCGAGGGUGGGGACUCGGACGUCCCCUGUGUCAGCAGGGCGUACUGCCUGGGGGACCUGUUCGAGGAUAACAUCUCGUAUGAGACUGGCGCGGUCAAGGUAGACAUGGAGCACCUCAAGCGGGUCCCUGGCGCGUCGACCCCUGAGCUCGUGGCCGAAGUAGCGGCGGGGCUGAGGAAGCCGGACGAUCUGAUGAAGCUGAACACGGUUGCCAACGAGUGGAUUGCGGGGAAGUUCCCCUUGCUCGGCAUCCGGUCGGGCGUGAACACCGGCAAGACGGUCUUCUGCGGGGCGGUUGGGGAUGAGCUUUGGCAAGCAAGCGACCGCCCCAUCACGACGAUCAUGAUCACAUACCGGGUGGCGCAGGCCGAGGACCUCAAACGCCGCUUUCCCCGCACCGCAAACUACCUCGACCUGAAAGCGGAUUAUGAGAACCAGUGGUUUCAGGAUCCCAACGACAAGCACAACCUCCUGACGGCCCUCCAGUCCCGCAAGGACUUCCCUGAAAUUGUGGUUCAGGUGGACAGCCUCCUGAACCUGCGGCCGGGCGGCAUCGGUGAGGUUGCCCCGUUCGACCCUAAAACCAUACAGCGCCUUGAACUUAUGGAUCCGUCAAUUUACACUGAUGGCAUGGAGCCUCGCGUGGGGCGGAUAUUCGGCGUCUCUGUGGAUGCUGUGUAG